AUGUCGCAGAAGCGGAAAAAAGUCGUCGUGAGUGUAGAAAAGAAGUUGGAAGCAAUUAGAAGAUUGGAUAGAGGAGAAAUAAUUCGCAAUGUCGCGGCCGAUUAUGGUGUUGGAGAGACCACCGUAGGCGAUUGGCGUCGAAAUCGAUCUAAUUUAGAGCAAUUCGCGAUAAAAUCCGGCGGUGCGAUGACAAGUCGUAAAACGAUGAAACCGGCAGAGUAUGAUAAAGUUGACAAAGCUUUAUUUCUAUGGUUCACUCAAAUGAGAGAAAAGGGACUGGCAGUAUCAGGCCCCAUUCUACAGGCAAAGGCCAUGAUGCUUGCAAAACAGUUUCCCGAUGAAAGCACUUUUACAGCAAGUUGCGGAUGGCUCGACAGGUGGAAGAAAAAACACGCUAUUCGUCAGUUAAGCAUCUGUGGCGAAAAAAUGUCAGUUGAUGAAGGUGGAUUGACUGAGUUUAAAGAAGAAUUCAAUAAGCUUGUAGCGGAAGAAGGAUACUUGUGA